GCAAGAGGCGGGACACAGUGAUCCCGGGGGGGUUGGAGAUCUGAUCCCAGAAAGAGGAAGCACUGUCUGCUUAUGAGGGUACAGAUCCAGGGCAAAAGCAGAGCUCUUUAGUUAUUAUAAGGGGAUUUGUGGUGAAUUCUAACAGUGGGGCUAGGUGGAUACAUCUUAAUAAGAAGGCAGCAAGCUGUAAUGGUCCUGUGACUCGAUCAGUGGAUAUUAAUUGCUGCUACAGACACAUGCAGCCUACACAGAUGAGUUUACAUCCCAUGGCUGGUACCUUUGGACAUCUCACCCUGUGUACGGGGACUUUACUGCUUAUCAUCUGCUCAGUUUCCCAAGGUCUGGAUCAGACUUCUUUUCUGACUUCAUAUGAAAUUAUAGUUCCACAAAAAUUAGCCCGAGUGAGGAGAGACGCAUCUGGAGCCACUGAAGCGGGUCCUCCUUCUUAUGUGAUCGAGACACAAGGCAAGAAAUACACCUUACAUCUCGAAAAGAACAGAGAAUUUGUAGCCAAAGAUUUCACUGUUUAUACAUACACAGAAGAUGGAAGUAGACUGUCAAGCCAACCUCACAAUCAGGCUCACUGCCAUUAUCAAGGGUAUGCAGAAGGAGUCCCAGAGUCAAUCGUAGCAGUCAGCACAUGCUCAGGCCUAAGAGGAUUGUUACACUUGGGAAAUGGAAGUUAUGGAAUUGAACCUUUAAAAUCUUCCUCAAAAUUCCAGCAUCUUAUUUAUCGCCUUGAAGAUGUGAAGAAAGAGCCAAUGGUGUGUGGAGUUUCAGGUGCUGGGACAGACAACGAUGAGGAGGACAAUCACCCACCCAGUAUGACGCAGCUGCUACGGAGAAAAAGAGCCAUCCUCCCACAGACAAGAUACGUGGAACUGUUCUUAGUUGUGGACAAGGAAAGGUACGAUAUGUCAUUGAGGAACUCCACAUUUGUGACUGGAGAGAUGGUGCAGUUGUCUAAUUAUUUGGACAGUAUGUAUAGAAUGUUAAAUAUCCGGAUUGUCCUUGUUGGGUUGGAGAUCUGGACAGACGUGAACAAGAUCGACAUUGACGGGUCUGCAGGGGAGGUUCUUGGGCGCUUUGUACAGUGGCGUGAGAAGGACUUGGUCCCAAGACGAAGACAUGAUAGUGCACAGUUUGUCCUCAAGAAAUCUUUUGGUGGCACAGCUGGAAUGGCAUUUGUGGGUACUGUGUGUUCCAGGAGUCAUGCUGGCGGUAUUAAUGUGUUCCCGCAUUCCAACAUCCAGAGUUUUGCAUCUAUUAUGGCCCACGAGCUUGGACACAAUCUUGGCAUGAACCAUGAUGAUAACAGAGGAUGCAAGUGUAAUGUGGGAGCCUGCAUCAUGAGCGCAGGAGCAUCUGGCUCGAAGAAUUUUAGCAGCUGCAGCGAAGAUGACUUUGAGAAGCUGACACUCAACAAAGGCGGCAGCUGCCUGCUCAACGUGCCUAGUGCAGAUGAAUCUUACAGUGCCCCAUUCUGUGGCAACAAGCUGGUCGAUCAUGGGGAGGAAUGUGACUGUGGAAGUGCCAAGGAGUGUGAGAAGGAUCCAUGCUGUGAACCCGGGACCUGCAAGCUGCGCUCAGGAUCACAAUGUGCCUAUGGAUCAUGCUGCCAAAACUGCCGGUUCUCCCCUGGUGGGACAGUGUGCCGAGGGGUAGCCAAUGAAUGUGAUCUCCCAGAAUACUGCAAUGGCUCCUCUCCAUUCUGCCAGGCAGAUGUUUUCAUUCAAAAUGGACAUCCAUGCCAGAACGACAAAGCCUACUGUUACAAUGGAAUGUGCCAGUAUUAUGAAGCACAAUGCCAGACAAUUUUUGGAUCCAAGGCUAAAGCUGCUCCUCCAAUUUGCUUUCAAGAAGUGAAUUCCAAAGGUGACAGAUUUGGAAACUGUGGUUUUCAAGGCAACGAUUAUCGAAAGUGUGAUACCAGGAAUGCCGUCUGUGGAAAGCUACAGUGUGAAAAUGUGGCUCAACUACCAAUUUUUGGUAUUGAACCAUCAAUUAUACAAACCCCAAUACAAGGAACAGUAUGCUGGGGUGUGGACUUCCAGCUUGGCUCUGAUGUCCCUGAUCCUGCCAUGGUGAACGAGGGAACAAAAUGUGGCGAAGGAAAGGUGUGCCGUAAUUACCAGUGUGUUGAUGCUUCAGUGCUGAAUUAUGACUGUGAUAUCAAGAUCAAAUGUGGUGGAAACGGGGUAUGUAAUAGCAAUAAGAACUGCCACUGCAAUGAUGGUUGGGCUUACCCUGCAUGUCAGGCGAAAGGACACGGAGGCAGCAUAGACAGCGGUCCGACAUACAAUGAUAAAGAUACAUCACUCAGGGAUGGCCUGCUGGUUUUCUUUUUCCUUAUUGUCCCACUCCUGGCUCUUGGAGCUUUCGUGUUUUUCCGAAGGAAUGAACUGAAAAGGAGAUUCUGCAGGAAAAAACGAUCACAAGCACAUGAAGUUGAUAGAACAAACCAGCCUGGAGGGCAGAGAAAUGCAGCAGGCCCACCUAAGAAUGUACCAAACCAAGUACCUGGAAGUGGGGGUCCAACCACAGGUCCCCCGAGGAAUGCACCUAAUGGUCCACCUGCCAGGGUUCCACCAACCACAGGUGUUCAAAGGAAUGCACGAAAUUUUCCACCAGUCGGGGGGCAACCUGGUAACCCAAGAAAUAUGCCUCCUUCAGGGCAACAGAAACAUUUUCAACCUACUACCAAUCGUGACACUCCUCAUAACGAAAGCAAUUUUGCUGUACCAACAUACACGGUGAAGCAGCCACAGCACCCAUCCAGACCGCCACUUCCUCACCAAAGAGAAGCACAUCCCAAUGUCACCCCAUCUCGCCCACCUCCUGCACCUCCAGUAUAACCACCAACCUCCAGUCUUUUUAGAACUUGUACACUGAGUGCAUCCUUAAUUCAGGGAGAGCCGUGGCUUUGGUGAAAAAGACUCUUGUCCAGAAGGUGCAUUUGACGGCCAAGUGUGACAUCUAAGGGAGAUGUAGCAAUCUACUUUCAGGGUUGCUAUCAAGAUGCCUGCAUCAUAAUAAUGAACCCCACACGUCUCAAAGCGCAUAACAUUUCCAUUGUCCUGUCUCCAAAAAAAUGGUGUACAUAUAUAUAUGCACUACAGAUUAAUAUUAUAUAAUGUAUGCACUCAAAAUUUCACUUUUAAAUUACCGUAAUAUCCCCAUAUCUGAUUUUGGUGUUCGAAUUUUCCAUCCACACCAGAACUCUCCAGAUUUGUAUUAAAGUCAUUUCUAUCUCAUAAACAAAUGCCUUAAAAGAGCCCAGGUGUAGAAUUUCACCAGUUCUCUUACCUCAUUUAAGACAUACGCCAUGUCUAGUCCCAAGUGAGAGUCACUUACUGAUAAUAUGUCUGGGUAUUUUCUGAGUCUGAGAUUGUAAGAUUCCGUUUGUUAGUCAACUAUUACACUGUGAAUACACAAUUGAUAUAUGCUGGACGAUAGGCUUGUGUAUGCUUCAACAUAAUUAAUAUUCUAUAUCGAAAUAGUAUCCUACAUUUUUAAGGAAAAUUCAGGAAUAAAAUAUAUGUAUCUAAAGAAAGCUAUAGAAAAAUACCCGAAAACCUUCUGUGCAGGUCUAAUUUUAUUUUAAUGAAAUGUUCAAAUUUGAAAACCUAAACUGCACUAUUCCUUCUUACUCUUUCAUUUAGACAAUUUGCAGAUAAGUGUUACACAGCAUUUAUCUUAACCCUACACUUGUAACCACUCACAGGUCCUUAGAUUGAGAAUAUGGCUCGUUUGACCUGCAGGCGAUGUUUGACAUUUUACUGGAAUCUUUAUAUAGCCUAAAUCUGUUUAAAUUGUAUUUGUUUGACAGAUGGAACAAACAAAUGGAGAUAUGCAAGGUAUUUUAAAAGAGCCUUAAACUAUUACCCUCGCAAUCAUUACAUUUUAACCUCUGAAGUUCAUAUAUGGCUGAUUUAUUUGUGUCUCAUUCAGAGUUGAUUUUGAAUAUCCAUUAUAUUAAAAUCCCUGAUUAAAAGUGUCUGAUUAAGGUAUGGCUAGGUACCCCACUUGUAUCCAGCUGCUAUUAGCUACAAUUCACAAAAUCCUUUGGAAGCCUAUGGUCAAAAUCUUUUUCUUUUUGCCAACCUAAACUUUAGACUGCAAGGGGAUAAUAGGCAUAGGUGAAUGAGAAUCAAGGAAGUUGUAGAACGUAAAUAAGUUACCAAUCACAGACCUGAAGUGAGUGUACUUUUUACAGAAACUCAUUUUAGAAUAUGGUGUAUAAAACAGAAUAAUCUUACUUUAUGAUUGAUGAAUUGCAUUAUAUUCUGCAGAUUGCAUCUUAGAAUGCCACUAUAGCUCCCGUUGAUCACUCCUUACAAUACAGCUAAUUGAUUGUUUUUAUAUUUCGAAUAAUACUAUACUUGAAGUCGUUAAUGGUAAAGACAUUUUAAGAAUGUAUUUUUAGUUUAUCACCCUUAGCUGAUCUUGUGAUUUUGAAUUGUGAAAUGUAGGGAUUUUUUUUUUACAGGAAGUAGUAAACUUAAUUUUCUGGCAAUGGGACUUCCUCAGAAACUGCAGUAUCAGUUAAAAACUUACUUUGCCAGAGUCCAGGUCCCACACAGGCCACUGAAAAGCAAUUUUGUACCUUCUAGUCCCUGAAACCUAGACAUUAUUUUAAAGGUGUUUGGUACAGGAGUGCUAAGCAUAAAAAAAAUCAAGUUGGUGCUACCCAAAAGGAGAUCAAAUGCAUACCUCCAAACUAGAGGAUGUAAAAAUACAAAAACAAACACAGGGUGAUGGAGGAUGGGGCCAGAAUUGCAGCAUGCAACUAAUGCAGUGCAUUGGUGAUGAGAGGCAUGCAGCAAUGCGAGCUUAUCAGCCCAGCAUAUUAGCAUGCUAGAUUGACAGACAACCCUUCAGGCCAGCUGACCAAGCGUCCUUGUACAGCGUAGCAACAAAAUGGUGGCAAGUGACCAGCAAGCAAGCCAACCAAAGCCCUUGCACAGAGUUCUGCAGAAGUGGUGUUGCAUUGGCAAAGAUAGGCUCACACUAUCUUUGUCCAUGCUAUUUUGUAAUUUGUGUAGAAAUGGUACAUACAAUUUAAAACCCAAGAUGGCUAGACAGUUGUCCCACAUCAGUAGUGUCCUGCUGGACUCAGGACAAUGGGAGGGAGGCAAACUAAGUUGGGAAAAGCAGCCCUUUUGCAGCAUUCCUUGCACACUGAUAUGUGGAGUGCCAGCCAGUUUGCACGCAUGGUGCAUUUGAUAUAGUCGUACGCUGCAUGCUUUUUAGAGGAACCACAUGUGACACUUAUUCAGGCCAUAUUCUAUAGUCAAAUAAUACAUGAAAAUCCUUCAGCAUUGCUGUUUUGUGUUUUCCCAGCUAGUGAUUUAGGUCAUUUGUUCACAAUUCCGCUGUCCAUUUCCACUUGAAUAGCAAUUACACUUUUCUAGAGCACUCACUUUAUAGAUGGGUGUGACAAGAUUAGAGGGUCACGCAUAGAAACAAUGUACUAACCUUUUUUAUUACAGCAUACAUUACAUUUUUUCCCCAUUUCUUUUAGCACAAUGUAUAGAUGUUUUAAGUGAUGCACAGCAAUUCUUUAGCCCAUUUAUUUAACGUGGAAAGAGCUCAUCAUGAUGAAAUCAGUAACACCUCAGUUAAGUUGCACAUUUUCGAAGAGUUUUUUAACACGUUGCACCAGGAACACUCCAAUUAAUAUUGAUAGCUAUAUCUACAUUAAAUGCACUGAUUGACAGAGGACUGCAUUGCAGAACACUUUGGUACCCAAAGGGUUUUGUUCUUGUACAGUUAACAAUAUAGGUGAAGCUGCUGUG